GUGAGCGUGUGAGAACUCAGCCGUUUCAGCGCGUUCAGAAUGCGGCCGCUACUGUAGACUCGUCCCGCUCCCGUUCCCUGUGACGCCAACACUGAACGGGAAACAUGUGCAACACUAAACGGACAACCUGCCUUUACAGCAAACGAGAGUUAUGGGGUUGGUUCAUUCUCCUACUUUUCACCAGCCCCCUCGCCUGCUCAUCAAAUUUCAGUCACCUCAUCUAUAAAAUAAAAGAAGGCUUACCUAAAGGGAUGCUCAUAGGGGCUAUCGGUGUAGAUUUAAACUUGGAUCUAACAGUAGAGCCCCCUCGUUCAUUCAACCUGGAACUAAAGACGGCAAGCCAGCAGUAUGUAAAUUUGAAUAGCACAACAGGGGAGCUUUUCACAUCUGCCGUGGAGAUCGACAGAGAGGCUCUAUGUUUAGAGUCCCACGAGGGUCAGGGCUGCGAAAUCUUCCUGGACGUGCUGAUCCUUCCCCAACAGUACUUUCAGUUGGUUAAGAUCAGAAUCAUCAUUGAAGAUGUUAACGACAACCAUCCACAUUUUCCCAUAGAUGAAAUCAGACUAUCUGUGCCAGAGAAUGCACCGGUUAACGCCAGGUUUGCCGUGGAGCUGUCCGCAGUUGAUCCUGACAUUGGGAUUUAUGGUAUUCAGACAUAUUGGCUUGUUAAUGACUAUGGGGUUUUCACUCUAGACGUUGAGGAGAACGAAGGGGGUGAACUGACACCCUUCCUCAUCAUUACAGAGUCUCUCGAUAGAGAAACGCAAGCCGAGUAUGCGACUGACAUUAUAGCGGAGGACGGGGGCUCACCGCCACUUCUAGGCACUGCAACUCUGAGGAUUAUUAUAACGGAUGUCAAUGACAACUGCCCCAAGUUCACAGAGUCGCAAGUAAACGUUACGCUCUAUGGCAACACUACUAAAGGCACCCAGCUGGCUCGUCUCCAAGCCUAUGAUCCAGACGAGGGGGCCAAUGCCCUGAUCACAUAUACCUUCAGUGAACGGGUCAACCAAGAAUGCAGGAACCUGUUUCAUUUGGAUAGAAUUACAGGGGUCCUUAAGCUAGCAGGAAAAAUAGACAACAACACCGGAAAGCUCUAUAAACUAAUCGUACUCGCCAAUGGGCCGACGUGUAUUCCAGAAGUUGCCACCAUUUCUGUUCAUGUUAUUAAAGAGUUAUCUGGCCCACCGGUAGUUAUUCCACGCUACAUUGCAUCAGAAAAGGAUGGUGUCGUCAAUCUAAGCGAAUUAGAGAAACCGUUUUCACCCAUAGCAUUUUUUACCAUCAAAAACACUGACCCACGACAGGAAGUAGAGUGUUGUUUAGAGGGUACUGGUCCAUUCCGGCUUGUACCCUAUGAGCAUGUCAAAAACGAGUAUCUGCUUGAGACCACUGAACUACUGGAUUAUGAGCUGCAACAUGAUUAUGAAAUUAUUGUAGUGGUUCGUAACUCUCAUGGAUUAGUAGUUAAGACCGUUGUGAAAGUCCAUGUAUUGGACGUUAAUGAUAAUGCUCCAGUUUUCAAACAAUCCCUCAUCGACAUUACUGUGGAGGAGAACAACCCUCCAAAUACAUUCCUCACCCAACUUCAGGCGACUGAUGCGGACAGCGACAUCAGGGGCGAGGUGUAUUACCUACUCGGUGCUGACGCUCCCACCAUUUUCCACCUGGGCAGGUUGACCGGUGUCUUGACUGUGUGUACCUCUCUUGACCGAGAGGAAAAGGAAACGUAUAGAUUCACGGUGCGAGCCGUGGACUGUGGAUCGCCAAGAAAGGAGUCAGUCGCCACCGUGAUAAUCACAGUGCAGGAUCGUAAUGACAACAGUCCUCGCUUCAUCAACAAGGAUUUCACUUUCUUUGUUCCAGAGAACUUUCCAGGUUUUGGGGAAAUUGGGGUGCUUACUGUCACGGAUGCAGAUGCAGGGCAGAACGGCUGGGUAGCUCUGUCCAUCCUCAAUGGAAGUGACAUCUUUGUGAUUGACACGGGACGAUGGGCGUUAAGGGCGAAGACGUCUCUAGACAGGGAGCAGCAGGGAACGUACUAUGUCUGGAUUGAGGCCAUUGAUGGUGGUGAACCCGCCCUUUCUUGUGUGACUAUGGUAACCGUUCUCCUCCUAGACGUCAAUGAUAACCCUCCAACAGUCCUUUUCCCCCAGUCCAACCAGUCUUACAUGCUGGUUCUUCCCAGCACGCUCCCAGGAACAUCUAUAACGGAAGUCUAUGCCGUGGACCGGGACACGGGAAUGAACGCUGUUAUUGAUUACAGCAUCGUCAAGAGAACGGAUGGAGAGCCAGGCUCAUUUGACAUUGACCCGUACACUGGAAACAUCACCCUGAAGAAAGCCCUGAGCAACCGAGGCCUCUACAGUCUUUGGGUCAAAGUCAGGGAUCAUGGUCAGCCAGAGCUGUACUCUACAGUCCUGGUCAACCUUUUUGUGAACGAGACGGUGAGCAAUGAGUCCCUCAUUCAGAGUAUGUUGCCCAGAGGGGCAGAAAUUGAGGAGGAGGUCCCUCCUGUCAAGAAACCCAGGGAGGCUGAUCGAGUGCCAAUUACAUGCACAGAGUACCAGGUGGUACUGCUCGCUCUGACAGCUACCUGCCUGGGACUGUUUCUCACAGUCUUAUCAUUGGUUACGUACAUUUGCUGCAAGAAGAUGAAAAAGCAAAAAAAGAAACGGUUAGACGUUGAGAUUCCUUUAAAACUGAACCUUGAAACACUGGAUAAGAAUUCGAUGGAAAUUUCAAAUAUAUGACACUGGCCUGCUCAGAGACUAUGAAAGACUGCUGUUACUGCCCAAAUUAAUCUGUUUACAAUGUGUGUCUUUUUAUCUUUUGAGACUAAACUUAUUUGAAAAUAUAAUGUAUAUAUUGUGCAUACAGUGUUUUAUAACUACGACAAAAUCUAUAAAUAUAUAUACACUAUAUACUGUACAUGAGACAAGAUUAUUGCAGUAUAUAUGAAGAUUGUGCUAUUUGCUAUUGCUGCCCAACAAGCUUUAAAUGUAACUUAUCUUACAAGCGUAAAUGGUGCCCUCAGCAGUGUGUUGUGUCAAAAUUUCAAACAUUUUAAAUGCAUCUUUGAAAGUCCAAUACAGUCAUUUACUAAAACAAUGUUUUGCCCUUGAAAUACUGUUCCCAUUGAGACAUAAUACAACUCAUGUUUGUUAACACUCUCCUGAAGAUGAGGUACAAAUGAGCUUUUGCACACCGGGAGGAUUUCUUAAUGAGUCAGUACAUUUACAUUAACUUUUAAAGUUCAAUUUCAGUUGUACUAAAACAAUAGUUUGCCCCAUUUGUUCAUCAUAUUAUAGUUCAUAACACAUGUAUACACAUCAAUCGGGCCACAAUUGGCCUUGGCAUUUUGAAUGCAUUUGGAAGGACAGAAGUGAUGCGUAUUAAAAGGCACAUGCUCCGCUGACGUUCUUCCUUUCAAUAUUUGAUAUGCAUUGUGUCAUGUAUACCUGGACAAACAGAUGAAAACUGUAGCUUGACUAAACAAAAACCCACUGAAGCUCAAUAAUCACUGCACAUGUAAACGCACUGGGUGACAUGUUGCUGGACGUCUUUCUUGUGUUUUCUGUAGGAUACUGUGUUUGUAUCUAUAGAUUCUAGGCUGGUAUGAAAUGUCCUAACACGUUUUGUAAGCCAGGUGCACACUGCUCAAUUGUUUAAAAUGUUUUUGUACUUGACGAUUGUUGCUUGUCAGAUUGAUUGAUAUAACCCCAGUGACAUCUUAAAAGCCAAGGCAGACUGUGCGACAUCAACUGCCUUUUAUGUCAUACUCUACGAUAUACAUCUAUGGACCUUGGCCACAGUUGACAGCACUGGCUGGGCAUUUUCAAAUCCUUAAUUAAAUGGUACCACACACACUUUAGCAAGCCCUUGUGCUAAUGUUGGUAAUGUUUUGCCUGGAAAAAGAGGCAAGGUUAGGGUUAGGUUAGGGUUAGGUUAUGUUAGGUAAGUUUCUGGAGUGUAACUAAAUUCUAUUUGAUUUGUAUAGUGCUUUUUACAGACCAAAGUCUGUCAUUGCUCUGCAAUUUGUGGAUUGCUCAUUAUUAAUUAACAAGAUAUUUGUUGCAUGUCAUAUGACUAGCUAGUAUCAAAAUUGUUACCUGGACAUUUUCUCUCUUGUUGGUUCUUUAUUAGACGGCCUUCAGUGGAGCAGUCACUACAUAACUGGGACCCAAUAUUUCAGACAUUGUCAGAACUUCGUCAAAGGCUAAGAUUUAUGACAAUGGCAAUUAAUCAUCCAUCAAUAAGUGAUCUAAGCCCUAUGAUGAAAUAAGCCUUUUACAAUUCCCAAAAUUUGUCUCAGAUGACAAAAAAUGGACAGUGUGCAACCUGCUUUACUUGAUGUACCCAGCUCAGAUUUUUCCCUCAAAGGCAU